CCAGGCCUCGUCUAGUCAUCACUAGUUGCUAUUGGUAAAAAAAUAAAUAAAUAGUUGCUAUUGGUUGGAUUAAAAAGGCCGGGGACGCUAGCAAGGGCCCGAGUUUAUAUGUUGUUACAAAAGAACCUUCGAGGACAGGUACAAACGCACGGCGCCUGAAGCAGGACUCUGUAAUUAUCCAUACAGCUACUGAAGUUAGUCCCUCCCCGUGUGGGACGGGUGAGGCUCCAUCGUUGCACACUCACCAUUUGGGGCGUACUGACUGAGUGCAACAUCCGGGUGUAUUGCCGUACUUUCACGUGACCAUGAGCAAACGCAGGACCAAUGAUGCUCCAAUGCCAAUUGGGGAAUGCAUCACACAGCUUCAGAAGUGUCUGAGGGAACGACUUUGCCGUCAGCAACCCCCCAGCAGGCUGGAGGCGUCGGAGGCCCAACACAAACACCUGCUGGAGUUGCUGAAACGGACCGCUGUCCACGGGGAAAGUAACUCUGUGCUGAUCGUCGGUCCCAGGGGAACGGGGAAAACCGCGCUCCUCAAGUGUGUGCUCAGAGAGCUGCUGCAGGAAAAGGAAGUGCAGAAGAACCUCUUACACGUCCAUCUCAGUGGUUUGUUGCAGACUGACGACCGAAUAGCCCUGAAAGAAAUAACGAGACAACUCAACCUGGAAAAUGUCGUUGGGGACAAAGUGUUUGGGAGCUUUGCAGAGAACUUGGCUUUCCUGCUGGAGGCACUGAAGAAAGGUGAUCGCAGCAGAACUCGCCCAGUCUUGUUUGUCCUGGAUGAGUUUGACCUGUUCGCCCACCACAAGAACCAGACGUUGCUCUACAACCUGCUGGACGUGUCCCAGUCAGCACAGGCUCCAGUGGCUGUGGUAGGCCUCACCUGCAGACUGGACGUCUUGGAGCUUCUGGAAAAGCGGGUGAAGUCGCGUUUUUCCCAUCGUCAGAUCCACCUGCUCAGCAGCCUGAGCUUCACUCAGUACCUGGACCGAGUCCGAUCCCAGCUCAGCCUGUCGGACGGCUUCCCCGACAGGAAGUUUGCCGAAGACUGGAACGCCAGCGUCCAGAAUCUUUGUGAAGACAAAUCGGUGGAGGAGGUUUUACGGAGACACUUUCACUCCAGUAAAGACUUCCGCUCUUUGCACGUGUUGCUGAUGUUGUGUGUCAGUCGCGUCUCUGUCGUCAAUCCCACCAUCAAACCCGCAGACGUGCUGGAAGCCAGCAGGCUGUGUUUCAGCGACGCCAAGUCCAACAUACUCCAUGGUCUUUCCAUCUUGGAGCUGUGCCUGGUCAUUGCCAUGAAACAUCUCAACGACGUCUACGAAGGAGAGCCCUUCAACCUCCAGAUGGUCCACAACGAGUUUAAGAAGUUCCUGCAGAGAAAGUCCAACUCCGUGUACAACUUUGAGCAAGCGGUUAUCAUGAAGGCCUUCGAGCGUCUGCAGCAGCUGGAGCUGAUCCGACCGGUAGAUGGCUCCUCGGCAAGAACGCAGAGGGAAUACCAGCUGAUGAGACUGGCGCUGGACCACAGUCAGAUCAUGGAGGCCCUCCAGAAGUACCCACAAUGCCCCACGGACAUCAAGCAGUGGGGUAUGUCCGUGUUUGGAUAGGAUUCAAAACCCAAAAAACUCACAGGCACGGAGAACUUGUCAACUCCACAGUGAAGUCCGAAAGUAAGUGUUUUUGCAAGUCUCAAGUCGUAGGAUUGAAAUUUUCGAGUCCUUACGAGUCAUAAGCACUGUUUGGUUCACCACAUAAAAUGCAAAUUAAAAGUUUGCGGUUCCACUCAUGAUUUUUCCAAAAUAUGACUAAAUCAUGCUGUUUUGUUGUGGUUGAAUACGGCCUGUUAUUGGUACAUUUCAUUCGUUUUAUCAGAUGUUUUACAUGAAUAUCCAUAUGAGCAUAGGACUGUUGACUUCUAUAAAAUCAUGUUUCUCAAUAUUGCUGAUUAUAAGUGCGGUAGUUUAUGCAAUAGUCCAUAAUGUUGUGUGGAUGUGUGUGCGUUCCCUAUAAAUGCACAUGUUCUUUGAACAUGAGGUACCAACAAACUUGUGUUGUAUGGUUACUUACGCUUAAAGCAUAGAUGUACUGAACAUGCCAGACUGUUCUACGUUCCGUUUCUACUUGAACAUUUGGCGACCUCUAGUGGUCAACUAGGGUCACAACACAUUUCAUGUAGGUUGUACGCGACAUCCUAUUA